GUCAGGUGUCUUGCACCAGCUGUGAUACGAUAUUUUAUUCUCGGGGAUCAGGUAGUUCAUUAGAAUUUGCUGGUGUUCCUAGGAGACAUAACUCUGACGUCAGAUCGUCAUGGGGCAUCAGGAUUUAGUGGGGUUGAAGGGAAUUUGACGACUGUUGGGAGGAGAAGGUGAAGGACCUGAUCUGGGAGCUGAUGUGGGACAUAACCUAAGGACAAUCAUGGCAACGCAAGACGAAGACUACGGCAAGAGCGACGAGUUCGACACGUCUGAUGAAAAUGAGAGACCAUCCGGGGAGAGAUGGGCUCCAGUUGGAGCCAAUGAUGGGGACAGUGACUUCACUGAUGACUACAAGUGUUCUGACAAUAUGGAAAGUAUUUCUUACAAUAUGGACAGGCUUAAGUUGCUCGAGGAGGAACAGGAAAUGCUCAACUCUUCGCUAAUAGCAUUAACUACGCAUUUUGCACAGGUGCAAUUUCGCCUGCGACAAAUUGUGGAUGCGCCCACAGAUGAGAAGGAAAAACUCCUGAAGGAGCUCGAGGAAUUUGCAUUCAGGGGAAUCCCAGAUGUUCCUAAUACAGUUGCAUUGAGGAAUAGAUCCUCUUCUUCGUCGAUUUCUCUGUGUGAAAAUAAUGGAUGCAGUGGUUACGAUGAAGAAGUGGAGUCCAAGAUAGCCCUGCAAAAGUCCAAGCAACGAGAAUUGAUCGAGCAGUUGAAGGUUCAACUAGAGGACCUUGAGAAGUACGCGUAUGAAACUGACGGCCAGGACUUGCCACAAAGUGUGAUUUUAGAACGUCAAAACAUGAUAAUCAACCACUUGAAAGAAAAACUAAACUUCGAAGUAGACGACCUGUGCAAGCUCCCCCUGGACGACCUCCGCUGGCAGGUGGACCACGCGAUAAACGAAAUAGUCAGCCCCCUAAAAAUGAAAGAACAGCUGGUGAACCAGCUGAAGACGCAAGUAGCAGACCUAGAACGUUUCAUCCACUACCUCCAGGGUGAGGUGAGCCCGGAGAGUCUAGCCUGCACCUGCGCUUGUCCCGUCCACACAACAGGACUAAAGCCCUCGCAAAAAUCCAAACGCCAGAUUCCCCUGAUGGACAGAAAUGACGACAGUCACACAAAAACCCUGAACACAGUGCGAAAAGUCAUAACUCUUCUCCACAUCUACUUGAUGUCCCAACUAGGCUGCAGCAGUGAGAGAACUCGAGGGAAAAAGGACAGUAAAACCACCUGGAGAGACUUGAGGACUCGUCUGGACAUCGCCAUUGAACAUGUCCUGGAGAUUGCGGCUGAGAGCGAGGAGAGUCACUCAGACCCACACGACAACGAUGACGACGAUGACAUCGACCUCUACGCGUCCGAUUCCGAGUCCCCGAGGCAGCACACGAACGCCAAAAUGACGUCCGCAGUGAGAAAACACCUGGCUGUGUGCAUCAGAGACCUGAUGGCACAUGGACUGAGCUCGGAUGUUCGUUCCAACAGUGUCGUACCCUUCGUGGGUUGCUUUCCACAGAGGAGAAGCCUCACUGUCGAUCAGAUGCACCCCUGGGAGCUCAUCAUCAAGUACUACGAGUUCAAGAAUGGACACAGGUACAACUCCAGUCCUGCUCAGAAACUGUCGCAGAGCUUCAACCUUGCUCUGGUCAACGAGAGAACUGUCUCACCGAAGCAGAGUCUCCUUACCACUGUGGGGAAUAUCGUGGCUAGCCAUUCGCAGUAUAAACGGAGUUAUAAUUCGCACUUCAAGGCUUUCAUCUGUGCAGCUUUGAAUGCUAAAAAACUGGUUCCCUGGCUGCGGCUUAUCCUUCAGUGUCAGUAUUUAUUGGAGAACCACUACAUGUCUUGGAGUUAUGUUGUGAAAACAGGAUUUCAAGAUGCAUUUCAUGCACUCGAUCGUCUAACAACAAUUCACUUCGAUCUUCCCGUCGACCUGGCAGUCCGGCAGUUCCAAAAUAUCAAGGAUGCAUUUUGAUGGAUCUCCCAACCCUCUCGAACUAUCGUAAAUUGUUAGAAUUCAUCAGCUGUGCUAAACAAUCGUUACAUCCGUGAUCUUUAAGAAAAAAAAUAAUCAGAAAACCAGUUAACCAAGACGUUCACGAUUCCAUAACGCAACAUCCAUUGCUUUGAAUAAUUAACUACAGUGCGUAUGUUAAUCACGCACAGAACAUCAUUCAAACCAAAGAAAGGAAUAAUUUAUCUGUAACUCUAAUUCACCUGUUGUAUUAAUUUCUCUGAGUUCAGAGGCAUGACGAAGUCAUUUAUUUAUCAUUUAGCCGACAGAUAUCAAAAUACUUUGCAUAAGAUAUUUAUUUACUAGAACAGAGAAUUGUAAAGUAAAUGUUGAUUUACAUAAUUCAAAGAGUGUAAAAAUGAAUUCAAUAAACUGUUGAUUAUUUAUGAAUGCAAAAAAUCAAGAGAAUUAGUUGGAGAAUGGAAAAAAAAUAUCCUGUGGGGGA